GGGAAAAAGAAAAGAAGAUAUAAAAUAAAUUAUUUUAUCGAUAAAGAAAGAGAGAAGAAAAAACUCAUUCUUUAUUGUUUUUCUUUUUUCGCCUAAUUUCAAAUACAGAAUCUCUAAACCAGGCUCCGGUGAACCGUUGAAGAAGAAAAGCCAAUGGCCGAAGCACUAAGCCCUAACCCUAGGCCAAGGAUCCCUAUGGCUGUUCGCAUCCAAUCCCCCACAAGUCCCUUCUUCUUAGGCUCUAAUGACGACAAACUCGAGCGUGCGCAGGCUCGAGCCGCACGAGCCGCAGCCAUCCGCCGUAAGCCCGUAACUCCCCUUGCUCAGCCGCCUACUGAUCCCGACCCUUGCCUCGCUAAAGACCAGAUUCUCGAGUUGUUCCAAAAUUGCAUCAAAUUGGCCAGUGAAAAUAAAAUUAAUCAAAAGAAUACUUGGGAGCUGAAUUUAAUAGAUCAUCUUCGCGAUAUUAUCAAGGUUGAAGGAGAAAAUGAUGUGGAGACGAACUUUCAAAAGGCCAGUUGUACUCUGGAAGCUGGUGUUAAGAUUUACUCAUUGAGGGUGGAUUCGGUUCAUUCAGAGGCAUACAAGGUUCUGGGUGGGAUAAACAGAGCAGGUCAUGAAAAUGAGCAAGAUUCUCUGAGAGAGGAUAACAAUGCUGAAACCGCACAGAAAGUCAAUGCAAAGAAAGAGACGGAGAAAAAGAUGUCACCUUUAUCAACUUUGGAAUCUUCUUUUGAGGCUCUUAAUGUAAAGAAAUUUGAUGUGGCCUUUGCAGUGGAUCCUCUAUAUCAUCAAACAUCUGCACAAUUUGAUGAAGGUGGAGCCAAAGGUCUUUUGUUGAACAAUCUUGGUGUUUAUGCUGGAUGUAGGGUUCUCUUUGAUUCAUUUGAAGUGCCAGGAAAGGAAAUUCCUUGCUCGCAUCAAUACGAUGUAUCUGAAACAAUUGAUCUAUCUUUUGCUGAAGAAUACAUUAAGCGUAUGAUAUCGAACAUGCAAGCAAAAGAUGAGAUUUCACCGACUCUCAAGAACAUAGUCAAUCAAUUUGAUGAAAAUAACAGAAGGCCACUGGAUAACUUUUCCUGCAGUCAAAGAUCAGAAGACCAAGCUGAUACUACAAAUAAUGAAAAUGAGUUUAGUGGUGUUGCAUUUGAGAGUUUUGAAACUGAUGGUUUUGAUCAUGAUGACCAGCCAAGCAUUGUUGAUGAGGAAUUUAAUGGAGUGGAGCCAACUUUUACGAGUUAUCAGGAGGAUACAGAGCAACUUUCUUUCAACAAUCCUGAUGCAGAUGACAAAUUUGAAGAGGUUGAUGAAUAUUUGUUUUUGAGCUUGGGGUUUCCUUUGAAACAAAAUGCUUGGGCCGGUCCUGAUCAUUGGAAAUAUCGAAAAACUAAAGGUUCCGAGGAUGUCCCUAAUGAAGAAAAUACAGUAGCGUCAACAAAGAAAGCCAGAAAUAAAAAACAAACUGAGCCCGAUAUUGAUUUCACAAAAGCCUUGGAUGAUGAAUUGCUAGACAUAUUUUCUCCUCCCAAAAAUCUGAAAUCAUUACUGCUACCUUCUAACAGAGCACCUUGUAAUACAAAGCUUCCUGAAGAUUGCCACUAUCAACCUGAGGAUCUUGUGAAAUUGUUUCUUUUACCCAAUGUGAUGUGCCUUGGCAGGAGGAGGCGAAGGAAGUUGUCAGAUAAUUCUCUCAUUGAUACUUCUCAAAUAGAUGAAUCAAGGGAACAGUCUGAUGAUUAUGGUCCACAGCCAUCCUGGGAUGAACAAAGUGCAUUUGGUGGUUUUGGCAACGAAGUUGAUCAUAGCGAUGUUGAUGACUCCGGCAUGCUUGUUUCUCAGCCUCGACAGGUUAGUAAAAUUGAAGUUCAGUAUGAUAAGACCUCUAAACAAGUCGAUGUUCAAGCUUUGAAAGAAACUCUUUGGGACCAUAUGCAACAAUCUCCUGAAACAUCAUUUCAGAGCCCUGAAGAAACAUCAUUCAAGCAUCUCUUGGCAAGCUUUCCUGCUGAUUGCAAAGCUGCUGCAACAACCGAGGAAAUCACCCCUCAUCUGUGUUUCAUAUGCUUGCUACAUUUGGCCAAUGAGCAUGGACUGCGCAUCCAUGGUCGCCCCGACAUGGAUGAUCUCGGUAUACAAAUUCCUCACUAAGGUAAGCACAUUACUGAGUCGAUUUUAGAUCAUCUCUCAAAACUAUUACUGCUUGUAAAAUAAUACUUGUUUAAAUCCAGUAGCUCAGCAACAACUGAGUUGCUGGGGCUUCUGAAAGUGUUGUAACCCUGAUUUUGUUCAUACUUCUAAGUAGAGUUGCUUAAAAUCUUUGAUGCUCUGUACCUCACGAUCCGAAUAUUCUUUCAAAACAAUGUUGAUUUUGCUACAUAAUGAUUUAUAUCUAGCACUGAUGGGAGGGUUUUGCCUAUUGUUGGAAGGCACUUUAACUACAUGAAAUUUGAUAUAAUUGCUAUAUAAUGGUAAAAGUACUACAGAGGUCCCUCUCUACUCAAUAAAUGAUCAAAUUAGUCCCUGUAUGUUAAAAAACUCAUGAUUGUGAUUAAUGUAUAUUAUGAUUAUGCAUUGGAAAGUAGUGUUCAAGAAAAUUUCCAAUAGAACUAUAAACAAGUUUUGUAGUCCAACUUUUCUUUUCUCCAUAAGAAGAAUCACAAUAAUUUUUAAGAGUCUUACAGGAGUGCUGAAAGAAUUAAAAAUGAUCUUACAAGAGCAACAACUCACCAAGAACACGAACAGGUUUGGGCCUUUUUAAUGGAUGAUGAUGUUUGGCUCCAUAGAAAACAAGGGUAACUAUACUUAAAGACUACCUAUAGGAUUAACUCUGGAAUUCUUGUUUGAAAUUCUUUUACGAGGCAAUGACGGAUCAUUUAGACAGCUUGAAUGUUACCUUACGAGUCUGUAUGAGAUUUGGCAAACCCUUCUCUCCACCCUUUUUGACGAGCUCGUGUUUCCCACAUCGCUGUCAAUUUCUUCUGAGCUACCAGUGCUGCUUCAGCUUUCUCCCUUGCUUCUUCACAUGUUUCCAUACCUGAAUUGCACUUGUCUGCUUCCUUUUGGUACUGUGAUGCUAUCUUCUUAGCCUCGAGUAAUGCCAUGUCGGCCCGUCUCUGACUUUCCAAAGCUUCAGCUUCUCUUAGCUUCAGUUCCUCCGUUAAAAGUUCUGCGGAGUUCUUUUCAGUAUCCUCGGUCACUUCCGGGUCGU